AUAAUGUGCAGUAUAACAAAGUCAUUAACCUAUUAUCGUGAAUGAUUUGUAAUCACGGUGGUAAUAGUCUCAUAUUUGAGAAGUUUUCAUGUUCAGAGUCUGCACCUGAUACACUUCGAAGUCUUAACUGCAUUUUUUGUCUGAUAUCUGUUAUUUUCGACCAGUCCUUGGAGCAUAAUAUCCGCCAGCAAUAUGCAAACAAGUUUUUAAACUUUAUUGAGGUCUCCACUAUUCGCCGUGAAACUAUAAUAUGCAGUGAAAAGUUGCUCGAUAAAUCUAUAAGUUCCAUUUUAAGGACGACUUCUACAGAACUUCUUGAGAAAGAUCAAUGCACUUUUACAGUUCUGAAGUGUUUACUUCUUCUAGUUAGUCCUAAGCUAAAGCUGAAGUAUCUGAGUUACACAUACUAUCAAGUUAUUUCAAAUAUUGACAAAAGUCAGGACUACAUUUAUAACCUUAAGCUGUUUUGCGGUUUAUUGGACAAUUUAGCGGCUGCAAAUCCCGUGCUUCCAGACGUAAUCAAAAAUUAUAUUUUCGUAUUAAUUACUACCAUAUCUUCUUACCUGGAUUCAUCUUCAAUCUGUUACUUAAAUUGUCUUCUUAAACAUCUUCCAAGAAAGUGUUUUGAUUCAGUAAGAACCAGUUUCCAGAAAGUUGCAGAGUUAAUCCUAAGAAACAAGAGCAGGGACGUUGUGGAAACCGGGCUAGAUUGUUUGUUCAGAUUGUCUCUCUGCAAUCGAAGCUUUGUUGAUAUUUGCAAAUAUAAAGAGCUCCCGGUGGUUUUACGUGCUCUUUUAAAUUCUAACGAUGAUCAAAUUAAAGAAAUUACAUUUACAUUCAUUGAACUCCUGGUGAAUAAGUUUAAUGAUGAUGCGAUUAAAUUGGUUUGUACGUCUGGUGUCAUUGAACUCCUGUUUGAUAAUAUUUCUUUUAAAAACCCGUGUUUUAGAAACGUUUUAAAAUGCUUACAAAGAAUAGGUACAGAAGUAGAGCUGAUGUCUUCAAGUUAUGUACCACAUGGAAUUGGCCAAAUUGUAAAAGCCAUGGAUUCGAACCGUGACUACGAAAAUGAACUUUUGCCAAGGCUUGUGGAGAUUACAAAUGGUUUCAUAAUGUACUAUAAUGGCCCACUAGACCUUUUUAUAUGCCCAUCAACUUUAGGAAAAUUUCUGGUGGCCAUUUCAAAUAUUAUGGAAGACUGCACAGUACAUUUGGGAAUAUUAGGAAUAACCUGUGUCGCUAAUAUCUUCAAGUAUGGAAGAGGGACAGCAGUUAUGCCGAUUAAGGAACUCGAAAAAUUUCUAAAUUUUGUCGAACAUUUUGCAAGAAAACAAAUUUAUAAUUUUAGACACCUUAAGCAACCGAAUAACGAAUGUGUAAUCUCAAAUCCAGACAUGAAAAUAGAAGAAAAGUCCUUGUGUAUUUUGUUAUCAACUUUGCUGAGUUUGUUACGGGAAAUACACAUCUUCCUGUAUGCGAACAAAAGGAUCCCAAUAAAAGUUCCUGAACUCAUUAUGGAAAUCGAAUAUUCUCUCACGUAUAUAUUUUUUUCUGUAGUGAUGAAUUUAGUUUCUCAAUUAAUGUCUAAAAAUGUUACUGUAGAGGAUUUGUUAUCCGUGCUAAAAAUAACAACAAUGUAUGCUUAUGGUAUAUGCUCAGACAUUUCAGUGAAGGAGAUUACCAAUAUUUGUGGCAGGGUAUUUGAGCAGUUUCAUACCUUUAAAAACUGUAUUUCGAACGCUCUGAAAGACAAAAUUUGCGAAAGUUUCACUUUGCUUCUUCCACUGUUUUACAAGAUUUGCUUUUUGACUAGUAAUGAGAACAUCAAAACAGCUUUGUGUUCAUCUGGCUACCAUAUACUUAACGAUAAAAAGCGGGAUGUCAGCCUCAGUUUUUGUUCCACAUUUUUCUCGAGAGAAAUUUUGUUAGCUGUGAUGACAGUCAACUCCAGUAUAUUUAACAAUCUUAGUAUUCCGUAUCUAUCAGGGGGCAAACAUUUAGCUGACGUCCUAAAGAAAGAUGAAUUUAAAACUUGGAUUUCUACUUUAAUUCGUGGAUUUAAAUAUUUUACGAGUGUGGAUUUUGAGUGUCUUGAAAAAUACAUGGAGUUAAGUAUACAAGGACAAGAAUUUAUUGAUAUUUCUGCCUCAGCAAUAUCCAUUAUAUGCGUCCUAAUCAAUCGUAAUAUCAAACAUAUUAAAACAUUGCAGAAGUUCCCUUUGGUUGAAGAUGAAAAUCAUGAGGCAUUUAGGAAUUAUGUUAUUUUCCCAAGCAAAACUUUAAAGCGAAUAAUUCAGUUUCCCACUAAGGCAGGAGUCAACUUCUUUCUUCUGAUUUCUGUUUUAAUCACCGUAGAAUUUCUCAUCACAUAUACGUGUUUGCCGAAAUUCUGGGAUUUUUUCGAUAAUUCUGUGAUCGCCGAUGAGUAUAAUAAAGGUUUAGACAUUUUAUCUUUAGCACUGUUUGAUCGUCUACAGCCUGUACACACUCUGGUUCUAUUGCGCACUCCACGAUUUUCUACUUACUUAGAGAAUUGCAGUCCCUGUUGGAUCAAAAUGGCCCAAAAAAUUAUACUACAGUGCCACAGUGAUGAACUAUUGAUUGAGGAACAAGUAUUUUCCCUACUUCCCACAACUUACAUCUUGUUGUCCAAUACUUGGACAGUAUGGUACAACAAUUUGAUGAAAUUCGACAAUGCGGAUGUCCUUCAGCGUUUAGUUCUAACUUUCGAAAUACAAACACUCAGCUUAAAGGAAAAGGAUGGAUCGGUAGAAACUAGUUAUUCUUCUGUUCAGAGAAAACAGUUAGCACUUUAUAUUUGUGAUUGUCUCUCAGUACUGCCAAAUAACCUUCCGGGAUCGUUUCUAGACGUCUUCACUUCUAACUAUGAACUGAAAUAUGCGUAUGUGAAAAUGUUAAAAAUAACCUGCUUGUUUCUACACGAAGUCUUCCUUCAUUCUCAGUUUGUUGUUAUGGUGGCACAACAAAUUAUUAGACUUUUAGCGAAUGAACGAUUCGAUCCUAAUUCUUCACUUCGAAAUGAUCUUCUCGAGAUCAUAUUACACAUUUUGAUGAAUUCUGAUAGUAAUACACAAGUACAAAUUGUAAAACUGCUAUGUUCAGAAAUCCAAACCUGGGAAAGUUGUAUUUUCCGCUUUUCGAAGGAGACUUCCAAAAGUCCUGCAGCUGAUCGUUUGAAAAUACAUACUGAAGAGUUUCAAAUCACAGCUGCAGAAUUGGACUCCAUUCUAGGGAUUGGCGCCUCAAUAAAUAUUUGUACAAAACAUUUAUUAGUCAAUAAUGAUAUUGUUGACUCUGUUAGUAACUUACUGUUUAUGAAUCCAGAAACAAUUUUAGAAAUUUUGAGUCACAAUCCAGUAACAAAUGGAUCUCCUUUCAUUCAGACCAGUGCACUUGUUUGUUUAUUGGAAUCAUUUUACGGACCACUGUCUCAUCUUUUAUGGCCGGAUAUAUCUGAAAACUCGAACGAGAACUAUUACUGUGAAGUGAGCAUCAGUAGUUUCCACAAAUCGUUGUUAAUUACGCGACUUCCUUACUGAACGAGCCAACCGAUUUUAGAUCAUUUGGUGUGAUAAUUAUUGAAAUACAGUUCGAUUCCCUAAAAUUGAGAUUGCCUUUCUACCUACCACGGUCAUUCAGGAUCUUACUUAAAUUAGUAGGAGACUCGAUGGUCUAGCGGCUUAGUAGUAACUUAUUUAGCAAUAUGACUAACUAGCAUCUUUUAGGAAUGAUUUCUUUUCUGAUGAAUGCUAAGAGUUCAUAAGGUUUCGUGUUGACAGUAUUCAACGUUCUGUAGUGUCAAGCUGAGAGCUUCACUUCAUUCUGCUAGCUUGUUUUCAACUAAAGUGAUUAAACAUGGUUUCAAGCGUGUUAAGAAAUGAUCUCAGUCAAUUAUGGGUAUGUCGUCUCUUUGUUUAUCAAUAACAACUAGUAAUUUUAUCCCAAUAUUUGCGUUCUUGAAUAGUACUGUGUUUUUAUUGUGUCGAAUUUAACUAAUUCCUGUUAUAUUUCUCGCAGCUUUUCAUGUGCUUGAAUACUAAAAUCAUGGACAUAACCCACAGAUUUAUUCAAGAACUGUCAAUCGAAGUGUAUGGUUGUCUGAUUAAAUAUAUCUGUUUAACUACCAAAAAACAAUCAUUUAUCAGUAAGUUAUCUAUAUUUGCUUACAAUGCACAGAUAUGUUCUUAUUGACUAGUCCAUGGAGUAAUAUUAUUCUUGAACAUUUACAAAUAGAUGGUUCAGUAAAUAAUAUUGAAAACUUGUCAUCUUUCCUUGCUUUUGCCAACGUGGUAGGUAUUUCUACGUUUUACACCACAUAACCUUAGCUACUAUCCACGAAAUGUCCUGCAAUUUGUUCAAUUAUCAAUAAAAAUCAGUUGCGGGGAUU